GCAACACAAAACCAGUAAAACUACAACGCCCAAAAUGCAAAUCGGAAGGACCCAAAAUCCAGGAAGUGGGGAGAGAAGCCGGCAGUUUGGAAACGAGUCGUGAUGGCUGCAGUUUUGUAUAAAUGUAUUGAGUGCAGUCAAGAGGCAAACGAACUUCACAGAGAUUACAGCAAUGGCGUGUUAAAGAUUACCAUAUGUAAGUCUUGCCAAAAGCCAGUGGACAAGUACAUCGAAUAUGACCCUGUUAUAAUUUUGAUUGAUGCCAUUUUAUGCAAAGCACAAGCUUACAGGCAUAUUAUUUUUAAUACAACAUUAAAUAUACAUGGGAAACUGUUUGUGUUCUGCCUGCUAUGUGAAGCAUACCUCAGGUGGUCACAACUGCAGGGCUCCAAGCAAAGCAGUGACCCAGCGGACAUCAUCCGAUACACAAAAGAGUGGGAUUUCUACAGAAUGUUUGGACUAGCUGCUCUAGAGCUAAUGAUGUUUCUAGUAGGGGUGUUUACUUUCCUGUGGUUAAUAAAAGGCUACCUGAAAACAAUUUUUGAACCAGCCAUGAUGCUGAAGGCACUACUACUGUCCAGCUAUGGCAAACUGUUAGUCAUCCCAGCUGUGAUCUGGGAACAUGACUACUCCCCACUGUGCCUCCACCUGAUAAAAGUGUUUGUGCUCACUUCAAACUCACAAGCAGUUAGAGUUAUUCUCAACUGUAGCAGAAGACUUUCAUUCCUGGUUAUCUUCAUUGGUUUGUUAAUGGAAACAUCUGCAUCUUACUUCUUCCAGAAAAUGGAGUGGAGCACAUAGGACAAGUGGUUUUAGCUUUCUCUGCAGUUUUCCUGUUCUUGUUAUCUUCAGUUACUAUUUUUUCAUGAAACACAUCUUCAAUUGAGGUUGUCAACAGAAACACUUUUUUUUUUUUUAUUAUUACUGAAGGUGGGUGUCUGGUGUUGUGGGCAUUCUUAAUAAUGGGGGUUAUCUGUCCAAACAGAUAUCUUUUUUGGAUGACAUCCUUUAGGGGUGUCCUAUGCACUUACCAUGCCAUGGUUCAUAUUUGUCAACCCUGUACAAAUACUGUGGCUGACUUCAAAGACUCUCCAAUUGAAAAUGUCAACAAAUAGUCAUAGUGUGUACAUGAUAAAAACAGUUGGUGCACGUUUUACAAUUAUAUAUUUGUUGUGUGUUUUAUACUAGGCAAAGUUAUACAAAACAAAUGUCACCUCCAGUGGAGAAAAAGGGGCAAUUGCUUUUGUUGAAAUUGACAAAGAGUUAAUGUCUGAUGCUUAGCACUGACAUAAAAAUAAAUAGAUGGUAUUGUUGAAAUAAUUGUUUUGAUUUAUUGAAUACAAAUGCAUAAAACUUUUUUUUUUGCUUUGUGAAUAAUAAAGAGGUCAAAUGUU